AUGUUCGGUGCUUGGGAUCGCCGGGACCGGCCCCCGGAGGAGGGGACAGCUGCAGAGCUCCGGGGCUUCGCUGUGGACAAGACCUUCCUCUCCUCCCUCAAAGGCAUCCUGCUGGAAACCGAGCUGGCCCUGACCUUCAUCAUCUUCAUAUGCUUCACGGCCUCUAUCUCUGCCUACAUGGCUGCAGCACUGCUGGAGUUCUUCAUCACACUUGCCUUCCUCUUCCUCUACGCCACCCAGUACUACCAGCGCUUCGAUCGGCUUAACUGGCCCUGUCUGGUUUUUGGCAUCAUCUUGGUUUCCGUCUUUGCCUAUGAUGCCUUCAAGAUCUAUCGGACUCAGUUGGCACCUAGGGCCACCCAGGGGGACCAGCAGUGA